AUGAAGACCACCUACCUCUCCGCAGCCGCUCUGGCGCUGGCCACAUCCACCUUGGCCACCGAUCCCCUCACUCCUGACAAGAUUGAGGCUGACAUCAAGACCGUUGAGCUUGAGCGUGUUCUCUGGAACCUGAACAAGAUCGCUCGCGACAAUGGCGGCACCCGCGCCUUUGGCACACCGGGCUACAAGGCCUCAGUCGACUUCGUCCUGGAGCGCGCCCAGACUCGCUUCGCCAAGCAGAUGGAUACCUACCUCCAGCCCUUCAACCACACCUUUGAGCAGACCAACGCCAUCUCCGUGACCGGACCCGACGGCGAUGUCAUUGUCAUCAGUGCCGAGUACAACACCGCCACUCCCCUGCCGGGUGGUAUCACGGCUCCUCUCAUCGAUACCCCCGUCGACGACGUGAAUGGUUCCGGAUGUCUCCCAGAGGCCUUCACGGGCAUCGAUGCCACCGGCAAGCUUGCCUUGAUCAAGCGCGGCGUAUGCGCCGUCUCUGACAAGAUCAAGAACGCGAAGGCUGCUGGUGCCCUCGGUGUGAUCCUGUACAACCAGGUCCCUGGUGACGAUAUCACCAAGCCCACUCUCAGUGCUGAGAACAUUGGUCUCCUCGUCCCCCUGGGUAUCAUCACCCUCGAGACUGGAGAGGCGUGGAAGGCCCUUCUCACCGCCGGCGAGGAGGUGAUCGUCACCCUCAUCGUGGAUGCCAUCUUCGAGGAGCGUGAGACCUGGAACGUCAUCUCCGAGACUAAGGAGGGUGACCCGAACAAGGUCAUCAUGCUCGGCGCCCAUCUCGACAGUGUUCUUGAGGGUCCCGGCAUCAACGACGAUGGUUCUGGCACUGCCGCCCUCCUUGAGCUGAUGGGCUCCGUCAAAAAGUACAGCGGCUUCCCCCACAAGAUCCGUUUUGCCUGGUGGGCCGCUGAGGAGGCCGGCCUGGUUGGAUCCUACUACUACACCGAGCACCUCAGCUCCGAGGAUGCCGACAAGAUCAAGUACUACUUCAACUACGACAUGAUCGGCUCCCCCAACCCCAUCUACGAGCUCGCCUCCUACAACAACAGCGGUAUUGGUCCUCAGCUUAUCGCCGACUACCUCGAGGCCAACGGCAAGGAGACCAUCUCCGCCGAGUUUGACGGCCGCUCUGACUACGCCGGCUUCGUCGAGCUUGGCAUCCCGGUCGCGUCCAUCUUCACUGGUGAGGGCGAGAAUGAUCCUUGCUACCACCAGGCCUGCGACACGAUUGACAACAUCAACUGGGAUGCCAUCACCGUCAACACCAAGGCUGCUGGUCGCGCUCUUGCUACCCUUGCCAACUCUCUUGAGGGUGUCCCCCCUCGCGCCAACACUACCCCGAUCCUUCGGGGCCGCGCUGGUGUUCUCCAGCAGAUGCGUCGCUGGAAGGCUCUGGCUGAGCACACCAGCCACGGCAAGACAUGCUCUCACAACGAUGAGAAGAAGAUCUACUAA